CUUUCAACAUUACAUAAUUAUUUGGAUUUUCAGAUAUGCCCCCAAAAAAACUGAAAACUAAAACUGGUGGAAAUACACCUACUCAAAAAUCAGCAGCAAACAUUGCUAGGAAAUAUAAAGCAUGUGGAAAGAGAAUGUCCCAAAGAGAAGAGAGAGAGUCCGAAGAGCAUUAUAUAAUCCUGCUGUGGAUGGUGAAAUCGCGCAUGUUGAGCAAUCCAGCAGUUUAGCUUCUACGAAAAUUAUCAUUGACAAAUGUGUUGUGAAAGGCUAUCAUGUGUUUAAAAUUCGUCCCCCAUAUACCCCUCCUCCAACUCGAUUAAUUGUUGACCGAGAAUAUUCAAACAUAAAAGACAGCAAUGCUUGUUUGGUGUGGCUUCCACCAUUGAAUAAUUUCCCCCCAAAUAUUCAUAAUGACAUUACAGAUGAAAAACGUCAGCUGAAAGUUAGUGACAUAGCUGGGUGUCGCAGGAUGGACGCCCGGCAUUAAACUAUGAAGACGAGUUUUCAGGUUUAUACUGUUUUAAUACACUCAAGUUAUACACAAAUGUUCAUCCUUUAUCGUUUUUCAAAUAGGAGUCAAAUGAAGAAGGGAUCUGUAACGAUAAAAGUUGUAAAAACAAUUUAGAUACAGAUAUACUGUUACAAUACACAUACAACACUUACUUUACUUCACUUUACACAGACUAUAUUUUGCUGCAGGUACAUUUUACACAUUGCAUUUUACUGCAUACUUCACUAUACUAUACUAUACUUAAUAGCAUUUUACUGCCUAUACACAUUACACACGGCAUUUUACUGCAUAUACACUUUACACACUGCAUUUUACUGCAUACUCUGGGCGGUUCCCAAUACUCUGGCAUGAACAGUACACCGUACAUAUACGUUUAGGUAAAUACAUAUACAUUUGAAGUAAAAUAGCAUAUGAAUGUAUUGUAUACUCACAAGAACUAUCACAGUAAAUUCUAAUAUAAAUUGUAAAGAACUUUGUACGUUGGCCAUUUUAGGAAUAAAUGUGGAAUAAAAAUAUUGAAGUAAUGAGUAAACUUAUCUCAGAAGUAGUGGACUCUGGUCACAAGGUAUCAAAACUUGAUGACUAUUACUAGAUAAAAUACAUGAAUAUCAAUGCGGAUAAACACUCCGCACCCGGCAAU